GAAAAGAAAAAUGAAAGGAAACCUAUCAAACAAGGGAUUCUGAUAAAAGAGGGACCCCCAAUUGGACCAUUCUUUCAUUUGUCAGUUUUAGAAGGAUAGGCAUCAAGUUCUCCCUCAAUUUCCUGACAAAGGGCGCAAAAGGACACCAUGGUUGAGGAGGUGAUGGAGGUGGCGGUGGAUGCUUUGCAACGCAAGUAUUGAGAAAAUUACACAUAAGAUUCCAUGAAAAAAGCACACCUUUUUCUUAUUCCAAUAAUUCAUCACUUCUCAAAUCACACACCCUUUAUAUUUCAUUCCAUUUCAUUUCAUCAUUUCUCUCUUUGAUCCAAUUCAUCACUACCCACUUGAAAAAAAAAUGGAUCUUGAUUGGGAAAUUCUUCCUAGAGAUGGAUCCAUUGAUUACAAUCAUGAAGAAGAAGAAGAAGAGGGUGAGAGAAAAAUUUUCAGUAUUUCUAGCCCAAGAAGUGUAUUCAAGAAGAAUCACUUCAAUUAUACUUCAUCACCACAACCACCACCACCACCACCAAGAACAGGAAGUCCAAGGUUGCUGCUGCCUAACCAACAACUUUUUCCAAUUGAAAUUCGAUUGGAACCCAAAAUUGGUAAGGACCCAGAAGCUGAAUUGAUCAAAGAAGUCGUUAAGGUACCUACUGAUACUAAUAUUGUAUCCUCUGCAACCACUGAGAAGGUCAAAGAUUCUGACUUGGAUGAGGUUGCUCAAGUUUUCUUCAAGAAAUUGAAGGAAAAUAAAUUUGCCGACAUGAAAACUUACUCCCCCAAGGCCAGUCCUAGGGGGGUCCUGCCUCAAAUUGAUGCUGGUGCAUUCAAGUUUGAGGACAGAAGUGAAACCAUGGAGAUCGUUACUUCUCCAAAAAAGGAAGUUGAAAAUGAUGAAGAUAUAAGAGAGGUCACUUGGGAGGAGAACAGUAGUGCUGGAUUGAACAUAUGGAAGUGGAGCUUAAAUGGGAUUGGAGCCAUCUGUUCAUUUGGUGUUGCUGCUGCUACCUUUUGUGUCAUUAUUCUGGGGAGCCAUCAGAGAGACAAACAGCAGCAGCAGAACCAGAAGAUCAACUUCCAGAUUUACACUGAUGAUAACAAGAGGAUCAAGCAAGUGGUUCACCAUGCAACAAAUUUUAAUGAAGCAAUGUCAGCAGUUAGAGGAGUUCCUCUGAACAGAGCUCAGAUAACCAUUGGGGGCCACUAUGAUGGUUUUUAGUGUCCUUUGCCUCUGUCAAGAUCUGGAUGGUUCCCCAAAGUCAACUUUUGUGAUGGGUUCUGUACAUAAGUCUUUAUAUAUUUAGAUGAUAAUAUGUGGGUUGUAUUUAUAUAUAGAUUCUGGAACCUGUUUGUACUGUGAAACUUAAGUUUAUCUAUAAAUGGUGUAAGCUUUUUUUUCUUCUGUGGA